AUUUUAUGUAAAUGUUACUCAUCUCUAGAAUUAAUUGUCACUGAGUAUUUUUGUUUUAAGCAGGUAAAUACUAAACAUAGAUGAUAACCAUGGACGAGCAACGCAGCGAUAAAAUCUAUGGUGGGUGUGAGGGACCGGACGCUAUGUACGUCAAAUUAAUUUCAUCUGACGGCCACGAAUUUAUUGUAAAACGCGAACACGCUCUUACCUCUGGCACAAUAAAAGCAAUGUUAUCUGGCCCAGGACAAUUUGCUGAAAAUGAGGCCAAUGAAGUUCACUUUCGGGAGAUUCCAUCGCACGUUUUACAGAAGGUGUGCAUGUAUUUCACAUAUAAAGUUCGAUAUACCAACAGCUCGACUGAGAUACCAGAAUUUCCGAUUGCACCAGAAAUUGCCUUAGAACUCUUAAUGGCAGCUAAUUUUCUAGAUUGUUAAGUUAUUGGUUAACUUAAGAAUGUUAAAUACAAAUUAUAAAACAAUGAAUGAAUCAUAAAAAUAAAAUAUAUAAUUUUCUUGUGUUAACUUUA